AAAAUACCUACCACUGGAGCAUACACUCUCUUUUGUUUUGCUCAGCUUCUUCCUAUGAGCUAGCCGGCCAUUAGCUCCCUCUUCGCUAAUCACAAAGAAUUCAUGAUCUGAUUUUUAUCGAGUCUCAGAAAUGGUGUGUUCAGGUAGGAUACUGUGUUUAUCUUGCUCAACGACGCCGUUUUGUCCUUCUACUUCCAGAUAUCUCUAUAGAAGGAACCUUAGAAAUAAUACUAAUAAUAUUAAAUGGCGAUCCAUGGCCUCCGAUGCUGAUGCCUCUGCAUUUACUACUUCUUUUGAUUCUGAAUCCUCCGAUAUAACUGCCCCCGGGUUUUGUAUAAUAGAAGGGCCAGAGACAGUAGAGGACUUUGCCAAAAUGGAGUUGCAAGAAAUUCGAGAUAAUAUUAGAAGUCGGAGAAACAAGAUAUUUUUGCAUAUGGAGGAGGUACGGCGGCUAAGAAUACAACAAAGGCUAAAAAGUGCUGAGCUUGGGAUACUAACGGAUGAACAAGAAAAUGAGCUUCCUAAUUUCCCAUCAUUUAUUCCCUUUUUGCCUCCCCUUACAUCAGCAAAUCUUAAGCAAUAUUAUGCUACCUGUUUCUCACUCAUUGCCGGAAUUAUGCUUUUUGGUGGACUUCUAGCGCCUACUUUGGAGCUGAAAUUGGGAUUAGGAGGCACAUCGUAUGCUGAUUUCAUCCAAAGCAUGCAUCUCCCAAUGCAACUGAGUCAGGUUGAUCCAAUUGUGGCAUCAUUCUCUGGGGGUGCGGUUAGGGUGAUCUCUGCAUUGAUGGUUGUUGAAAUCAAUAAUGUGAAACAGCAGGAGCAUAAGAGAUGCAAGUACUGUCUUGGAACUGGAUACCUUGCUUGUGCUCGAUGUUCUAGCACUGGAGCUCUUGUUCUUAUCGAGCCUGUUUCAAAAUUUAAUGGAGCGGACAAGCCUCUGUCACCACCUAAUACAGAAAGGUGUCCCAACUGUUCAGGCGCAGGAAAGGUCAUGUGUCCAACGUGUCUUUGUACUGGGAUGGCUAUGGCAAGUGAACAUGAUCCACGUAUUGAUCCCUUCGAUUAAAUAGCAGAUAGAUUUCCUUACUUGAACUUUUAACUUUGAAGCUGUAAAGUUUAGAUGAAGCAUCAUCAGUAAACGAACUACACCUAUUUAAAAAGAGUCAGUUUAUGAGAAAAUCCUAGUCAUCGUAAGGACGAAUGAUGCUAAACCUCUAAAUACAUGAUUUGCUUUUUAUGCAAGUCUAGUCACCAUCUCCACUAA